GCGAAACUGCGGGGUCCUCUCGCAUUGUUAUGUCAGAGGGGGUCGAUACAUCACAGGGCUCGGCAGUGUCGGAGCGCCGUCCGCGAAGCGUGGACGUCCCCACGCCGCUGCGUUCGCGUUGACGUUCCUCGCACCCGGUAUAUGUGAAUUCGGUAUAAACAAAACGGAACUUGGUGUAUUAUUGGUUUAUGAUAGACAUUUCAGUUAUAAGAAAUAUCUUGGAACGCAUUUGGACCAAACACUCGCUUGCACUAAGCGAGCUCCAACUACCCGAAUGAAGUACAAAACAUCCCGCCGUUUAAUGAGAAGCUGCGUGAAGUAGAGGAGAAUGGGACGAAGGAAUGUGAGCAUGAUGCGGCUGGGGAGGUGCGUGGCCUUCCUGGCCGCGGCCGCCUUCCUGCUGCCUUUCACCAUACUGCUGAUGGUCGCUGACCAGCAGUAUAACCUCACCUACAACUCUAAACGAGUCUUCUAUCAAGAGAGUAACUUCUAUAAAAUAAACGGCUCGUAUUACAUGCCCGCAUAUGCAGGUGCAUCGUUGUCACGGACACAGUACAUGUACGAAAACGGGACAAACGACGACGGCCUCCUAACCCGGGACAAGUUUAUGGAGGUGAACGCGCGGAUGGAGGCGCGGCGGCGGUUCCUGAGGAGCGAGUGCUCGCGGCUCGGCCUGGACAGCUCGCGGAACAAGGCCUACGCCUGGGAAUAUCUCAUCAACCGACAGUACCAUGUUAUUUGGUGCAAUAUAUUUAAAGCGGCCUCCACGUCAUGGAUGUACAACUUCAAUCUAAUGGCGAACUACACGGCUGCUUUCUUAGACAAAACCAAAGAAGUGCCUCUAGGACUGGCCAGAAAGAAAUACGCCAGGCCCUCAGUCGAAAUGGUUAAGAAGGCCCAACUAGACUCCAUAUCAUUCCUUAUCGUGAGGCAUCCUUUAGAAAGGCUGGCUUCGGCGUACAACGACAAAAUCGCCCACGCGUGGCCUAAAUCCUUCCACGACAAGAUGGGAUACAGGAUUAUACAAAAGUAUAGGAAAAAGAAAUCCCCAGACGCGCCACAUUCGCCGCACCCCAUGUUUGAAGAGUUCGUCUCCUACGUACUGGACGAAGCCCGAGCGAAGCGGACGCUCGACAUGCACUGGACGCCGUACACGGACUUCUGCACGCCGUGCAAGUUCGACUUCGACGUCGUGCUUAAAUUCGAGACUUUGGACGAGGACCAAAGGUACCUGAUUCAGCUAGCGCGGCUGCAGGACGUGGUGAAGCCAGAGUGGCGGAAUAGCGGCAAGGGCAAGACCCAGCAGAGCAUCAACCACCUCUACUCGCGGCUGCGGCGGCAGCAGCUGGUCGGCCUGUAUAACCUUUACAAAUACGACUUUCAACUCUUCAACUACACCAUAGACAGCUAUUUCGAAAUCGUGCAACCGGACGACCCGAGCCACGGAUGAGCGUAAUUAUAUAAUUUGGCUUAGUCAUUUAUACUUAAUGCGCACAUUAUAAAAGGGCGUAAACGACUAGGAGGUCCUGGGAAGAUACAACCUUUGUAAAGAUAGUGAGCAUCGACGGUGUACCGACCAAGAUAAGGCAUGUGAGCAAUGGAAAUUAGACGGUGUGUCUGUGGGCUAAGAAUCAUGUGGACUGUUUGUGGUUACACCAGCGUUGGGUGAAGACUGAUUGUGACUGUUUGUCGAAUCGAUUCGAUAGAAGUUGUCAAUUCGGUCUUUAGUUUAUGGGCUAAAGCUUUUGUUACUUUUUUAUAUUAAAUGUUUGUUGGAAGUGUUGAGAUGUGAUACCCAGUAACAGCAUAGGUACAAGGACUAUUUGGUAUGCUUAAUAAUUUGUAUAUGUACAAGUUAAGACUAUUUUUAUUUCCUUUUAUUGUUUUAAGUAGUUGAGGAAUGAGAUGUAGAAGUGUAGGUACCUAUUUACCUACGCUUGUCACAUACAAGCCUCUAAUUUAUAAACCUCUAUAUUAAGGUCAUAUUUGAGUUGCAGAUAAGAUGCGAUUUUCGACGCGUACAUUGCGUCAAUUAACCGAUCGAUUGAAUAUGUUGUCCGACUUACUCGGCAAUGCAUCGAAAAUCGCAUGCGAUUCGCUGCCAAGCCUGUGGGGUACUUCACAUAGAAGUCGCACCGGACGCCACGCUGGUCGUCGCCGCUCGAGCGGAGUAUUUUCACUAAUCAUUCUCCUCUCAAGCAGCUAAUUGGUCUGUUAAUGUUUGCCGAUAUAAUAUCUCUUAAUGGACGCAAGUAGGCCCGAUAUUUGAUACUGUUCGGAACGAACGUAAGAACCUCGAUAAGGUUAAAGGAUCGUAUUAAAUGUAACUGUAUGAGUAAUAAUUACUCAGCAAUUAUUCGAGUCGAAUUCUCAAAUCUGAAUAAAACGUACCUACCUAAUACCUAGUAUCUACGUCACAAAUAUCAUGGUUUAUUGUUUUUGUAAGAUAUGUACAUUGAUUUUGUUUUAAUGUUUGUUUACGUAAGAUUUUGCAAACAGUUAAGCAACAAUUGAAUCAGAUGCGAACAUCCGAAUGAGCUGUCUGUAGAGAACAACAUUACAUACACAUACGUUAUGUACAAGCAUGUACAAGGGUCCACUGAAAAUCAGCGUCAUUGCACUACGUGCUCCGACACAUUCUGAAUCAUCCUCUUUGGGAGAACAAAUUACAUAAGUCACAUGUUAAACAUUUGUUAAUUUAAAAUUGUUUUCUUUCAUAAAUUACUUUCAUUAAUUUACAUUGUAGACCGAACGUUGCUAAGAACUAGUGACCUCAAUGAGUUUUGGGUCAUUAAAAUCGGCAGUGUUUUUUUUUACAAAAACUUAAAUAAAAUUAAAUGUGAAGUACCUAGCCUAUUCUUAUGAGAAGUCCGUAUUUAAUUAAACGAACACAGAAUUGUUAUAAUUUAUAAUGAGUUAAAUGAUGAAGAGUUUAAAUGAAUUGUUGAACUGAUAGUUUGUAGUGAUAGCAAAGUUUAGCCAAUACGCGUAGAGUACAUACGUUGUUUUAGUUUUGUAUUGUACUGCUGAUGCUGAAAUACAAAAUUCUUAGUGCUUCCAUAAUAUAAGUUUAUGGAAAUAGAUCUAUUUAAUAUGUACCUAAUGAUUUGUUAAAAGAUAUCAAUAGGUAGGGAUCAGAUGUAUCCCUCAGGUCUCUCUCGUUGAUGUAUCUGACGAAAAUUAAGCACAAAUGUGGCUGCCGGAGAUCUGUCCCCAGACGUGUGCCAAAAAUGCCAGAUACCUACAUCUGCCGAAUAAAUCUGACGUAUACAUCUGUACCUAUCCCUAGUUAUUAACGAUGGAAUAUAGGAGAUUUAGUAUACCGUAAAACAACGCAACGAUAGUCCAAAAUGUCUUAACUAUGAUCCAAAACUAACUCGAAUAUCUUGGUUUAAGUGUGACUAAUAAUUUCAAUUUUUUUUUUCUUUUUAUAGGACAAUUUUUACACAAAUCAAUCUAGUCCCACGGUAAGCUCAACAAGCUUGUGUUGUGGGCACUAGACGACGAUAUAUAUAAUAUAUAAUGCUAUAUAAAUACUUAUAUACAUAGAAAACAUCCAUAACUCAGGAACAAAUAUUUGUGAUAAACACACAAAUAAAUGCCCUUACCAGGAUUCGAACCCGGGACCUCCUGCUUCGUAGGCAGGGUCACUACCGACUAGGCUAGGAGGCCGUUAAAUGGUGGAAAACACUUAGAAAAUACUAAAUAUAACAUUGGUAUUGGCACUUCAUUAGGUAUUGAACUUCUGGAUCAUAUUAGUUGGGUGUUUUACGGUACCUACUCACAAUAGGGGACAAAUUUCUUUAAAAAUAAGGUAAAAGUGGCAUCGAAUGAUGGUUGUUUGGCGUAAGGGACUAAAAAAGUACCAAUAGAAAAGCCUUGUAAGAGUUGUAACUGUUAAGUAUCAUCUCGCUUGUUUUGCCCAACAACACAAUUGUAAACCAAAUAGGAAAGUAGGGAUAAACCAUUUUUUAAGUGUACGCAUUUACUCGUAGAUGCAACGCACACAAACACGGCAGUACCAACUUUGGUCUUGAUUGUGUACGAGUACGACUCGUUAUAAAAACUGUAACAGACGGGCGUACCGAACCGCGACCUUCGUCCGGUCGGCAUAUCUCUUCGCUCUCUUAAUGCUGCGUCUUUAAUGCCGGCUACAUACGUAACGAUAAAUCGUUGCGAUAAAACUGUGCAGUCCGACUGUGCAGAUAAAUCGAACCGUGUGUAUGACAAAUCGUUACGAUAAUCGACAACGACACACACACACACACAGUUUUAUCGUUACGAUUUAUCGUUACGUGUGUAGCCGGGGUUACGGACGUACGGACCACCUUCCAUACGAUCGGACAGAUCUCGAUUCGGAGCAAGGUCACUGUCCGGUACGCCCGUCUGUUAAAGCCAUAAGAUUAACUCCUUUAGACAUAAGUGCUUUAGAAGGGCGCGCAGUUAUAAAAUGGUUUAUUUUAGCCCAAUGCAUUUUGUGCAAUGACACAAUUGUUUAGUGAUAAAAAACGAUUUCCUAAGCUUUUGGUAAGAGUAAGUACAUACCUAACGUAAUCGAUAGGUACAAAACUUUAUCUUUUAAGAUUUCAUAGCUACAGUAGUAAUGUUGAACUAGUAUUUUACAAUCCAGUAAAUUUUGUCAACGAUUUUUAUCAAUUUGUAAAUAUUUUGUAUCUUAAUAAUUAUGAAUUGUUACAUAGCCAUGUUGUUAAAAUAUUUUGUUCUUAUAAGCUUAAAUCCGAACCCUGGAUGCCCUAUAGGUAGAUUAGAAGAGUUUUUUAAUGUUUGUUAUUUAUAAUAUUUAUAUAUUAUCAUAGAUAAUGUCCAAUACAUAACUAGGUAUGAAUACAUUAGAGUUUAGAAUUUUUGAAAUAUGUAUGCGAUUACAGACCAUCGUCCUUUCAUAUUUUUUCAUCUUAGCUCGGUUCGUGUGGCAGCUGUUAUUAAACUAAUAAUCUUACAACAUAAAAUCUUUCAAGAGUAAUAAUAAGUAAGAUAACAUCACACAAUUUGUAUCCUUUUCUAAAAAAGUCAUCUUAUAACUACGUGCCACCCACCAAAUACAUAUAAGUUUGUAAGGAAGCAAGUUGUAGGUAUUUUUAAUUGGUUUGUAUUUUAUUUGUUGAAUUUUAUUUGUUUAUCAAAGAAAUGCUACUUUGUUUGUAUAAAGUUGAAGUUCCAUUGAACUAAAGUGUACCUACAUCGUAAUGUAUCCAUCACGCUCCGCGAUUGUUACGCCAUUAAUGGCUUGU